UGGAAGGUGCCACCGCCCGCGGUCGGCCUGCCUGUCAUGCGCCAUAAAUAUGCAGUUGGAGCGCCCUUUGCUCCCCUCUUCCACACCACACGGUACUGCCCAUGUUUCAAGCCACGCACGCUGCUGGUUCCAGCCGCGCGGGGUAUGGUGUUGCACUCCCAAGCAUACACGAGGUCCUUCCCCCCGCAUCUCCUCCCUCGCCGACUCCAGCUGGCCACCCCUGCUGCGCUGGCUCUCCCGCAAACGUUCGCCAUCCCCGCCUCGCCGCUCACCAGCGGCACCAAGUCGCCACGGUCAUCGCACUCGAGCCAGGAAGACGACCAGAGCGAGGGCGAGGGCGACCUGCCGCCGCUCAGCGACGAUGAAGAAACGCGACGACACGUCUGCCAGAUCUGCCGCCGGCGCUUCAGCCGCCCAAGCAGCCUCAAAACCCACCAAAACACCCAUUCUGGUGCGACGCCAUACCCGUGCCCGUUCCCCGGCUGUGGGCGCCAGUUCAACGUCAAAUCGAACAUGCGCCGGCACCAUCGCAACCACGCGGCCCCCGCAGCCUGA